UCUCUCUCUCUCUCUCUCUCUCUCUCACACACACACACCCUUUUCUUAACCCUUCACCUCUCCCCUCCCCUUUCCCCUCUCGCUCUCUCUCUCUUUCUCCAUUUUCCAAAUGGGAAAGGUCUCACCUUUCCUCUUCCUCGUCGUCCUGGUCCUCGUCGAAACCCUAACCCUAGGAACGGUUUCCUCCUCGGACUCCGACUCGGAGGCGUCGAUCCACGACGUGCUUCGCGCGCAUGGGCUCCCGGGGGGGCUACUACCCAAGGGGGUCGCGUCCUUCUCCCUCGACGCCGAUACGGGGCUCCUCGACGUGGAGCUCUCGCAGCCCUGCUACGCCAAGUACGACGGCGUCGACCUCGCCUACUUCGACCGCGCCGUGCGCGGCAACCUCAGCUUCGGCGCGCUCCGCGGCGUCGAGGGGCUGUCCCAGGAGGAGCUCUUCGUGUGGCUCCCCGUGAAGGGGAUCCUCGUCUCCGACCCCUCCUCCGGGGUCAUCCUCUUCGACAUCGGCCUCGCCCAUAAGCGCCUCUCCCGAUCCGUCUUCGAGGACCCUCCCGAGUGCCAGCCCAACUCCGCCGCGGCGGAGAUCGCCGGAGAUGGUGAGGUGGCGAUUCGGAAAGGGCUUGUUGGAAGAAGAGACCAACUUUUCCAGGAGCAGAGGUAAGAGGACAAGUGAGCCAUAAUGGAAGCCAAAAAAAAACAAAAAAAAAAAGAAAAAAAGAAAAAAAAAGCUCCAUAGCAGUUUUCCCUCAGUCUUUUCCUUCCUUUGGCUGAAUAUUAUGGAGUGAUGUGAUUUGCUGUAAAUGAGUUUGUGAGAGAGUUUAAGUGUCUAUUUAGAGUAGUUUGGAUACCUCUUUCCCUUUGUCCUCUCCAUUUGUCCUCGUCUAUAUAGCGCGUACUCUUCAUAUGUA